AUGCCGUUCGCCGCCUUCGCCGUGUACGCCAUGCGCGGGCGGUGGUUCGCCUUGUUCGCCGCUAUCCUCGCCAUGGCAGUGGGCGGAGGCGCCUACGUCUUCGCCGUCUACUCCAACGCCAUGAAGACGUCGUUGGGCUACGACCAAAAGACGCUCAGGGAUAUUGCCUUCUUCAAGAAUCUCGGCGCAAGCCUCGGCGUGCUUCCGGGCAUCCUCCACGAGGUCGCCCCGGCGUGGGUCGUGCAGGCGGUCGGCGCCGCCACGAACCUGCUGGGCUACCUCAUGGCGUACCUCUCCGUAUCCGGCCGCACGGCUCGUCCGCCAGCGGGGCUCAUGUGCUUCUACAUCGCCGUCGCCGCCAACUCGCAGUCGUUCGCCAGCACUGGCGCCCUCGUCACCACGGUGAUCAACUUCCCCGACGACCGCGGGGUCGUGAUCGGCCUCCUCAUGGGUUUUGCUGGGCUGAGCGGCGCCAUCUUGACGCAUCUCCACCGCGCCUUCGCCGGCGCGGAGGACGGCGCCGCGCUCCUGCUCCUCCUGACGUCGCUCCCCACCGCCGUCGUGCUCCUCUUCAUCUUGAGCAUCCACAUAAUGAUAGCGGGGAGCGGCGACGGGCGGACGCGCGGGGAACGCCGAGGGAUCUGGGGUUUCCUCGGCGUCUCCGUCGUCGUUGCCCUCUACCUCGUGGUCUUGAACGUCGUCGAGCUGAAGGUGCCUCUGUUGCCUCGGUCCGCGUCCUACAUCACGGCCAUGCUGGUGCUCGUCGCCAUCCUCGUUUUCUGUCUGCUCGCCGUCGUCUUAGUGCAAGCGCGGCGGAGCUACGUGCAGCCGACGGCGGCUCCAACAUCUGCCUCGGCGCCUCGCGAGGCACCGGCGGCCGGCAUCGUCAACACCAACCCGCCGUCGUCCUUCUUUCAGGACGUGUUCAGGCCGCCGGCGAGGGGCCAGGACUACACCAUCCUGCAGGCCCUUUUCAGUGCAGACAUGCUGCUGCUCUUCAUCGCCGCCGGCUGCGGCAUCGGCGGCAUGCUAACGGUGAUCGACAACAUGGGCCUGAUCGGGCAGGCGCUGGGGUACAAGCAGGACACCGUCUCCAUGUUUGCGUCGCUGGUGAGCCUGUCCAACUACGCCGGUCGCGUGGUGGCAGGCUUGGGCUCCGAUCUCGUGGUCGAGCGUUACAAGCUGCCACGCCCAUUGGCGCUCACCAUAACGCUCCUCCUCGCUGCCGUGGGGUACCUGCUCAUCGCCCUGGGCGUGCGCGACGGGCUCUACGCCGCGGCGCUCAUCAUCGGCUUCUGCUUCGGAGCGCAGUGGACGGUGCUCUUCACCAUCGUCUCCGAGGUGUUUGGGAGAAGACACUUUUCGGCCCUCUGCAACUGGGCCACGCUGGCGACCCCCGUCGGAUGUUACGUCCUCAACGUGCUCGUCACGGGGCACCUCUACGACACUGAGGUGCGGCGGCAAGCCCGGCCGGACCAGAACUGCAUCGGCGUGCGGUGCUUCCAAGAAUCCUUCAGCAUCAUCGCCGGCGUGACCGUGCUUGGCGCUUUCGUGUCCGUGCUACUGGUGCGCAGGACGCGCGCGUUCUAUGUUGGUCGUCACGGCACCGCAGCCGUCGGGCCAGCGGAUGUUUGA